GAUGAUUUGAUUCUCAUCGAAAUCUGUAAACAUUGGGUUGAUUUCGUGGAAAAAGAGAGAGCUUCUUCUUCUUCUUCAAUGAGAUGAGAGUGAGAGUUUGGCUUCUUCACCAAGUUAGGGCUGACACUGAGGUACCUAGCUGGCUCGAUCUGAUCCGUCUCGAGCUUUGAUUCUACUUGUCUUUCAGCUGCUGAAUCAUUAUGAUGGAUGGAGAACGAGAAUUAUACGAGACCCUCGAAUUCUCGGCCAUUUCAAGGAGAGAAGAAUCGGAAGAAGAAGGAGAUUCUGAUGAUGGUGCAGGAGCUAAAACCAUCGGUGAAGAACCCGGAGAAGAUGGUGACGACGAUCAUGGAGCUACUAAAAUGGUGGAAGAAGCGGAAGGUCAGAGGCAUAUAUGCUGCGAAUGUGGUAAAGCGUUCAAGUCUGGGAAGGCUUUGGGAGGGCACAAGCGAAUCCAUGGCUAUGAGACGAGGAAAUCCAGGGAGAAACCGCCCAGAAUGAUCAUACCUCAUGGCGCGAUGAAUCUAAAUCCAGAUCUCGUCGAUGGAUUCGUCGGGGAUGAAGUGGAAGUGGCUUGCUGUGUUUGCGGGAAGAAGUUCACUUCCAUGAAGGCCUUGUACGGACACAUGAGGUUUCAUCCCGACAGGGGAUGGCGAGGUGUUCAGCCACCUCGUCCAGGUUCCUCAUCUUCAACCCUCUCCGUGGAUCAUGAUCGCGAGUUCAGUGAUGAGGUCACUGACCUGAAGGAAUCACUCAAGGGAUGGUCAAUAACAGGGAAGAGAGGCAGGAAUAGCUCCUUGAAGAUCGAAGCAAACCCAGAAGACAAUAACUUGCAAGAAGCUGUCAAUGAUCUACUGAUGCUAGCUAAUGCAGAAACCCAUCUCCAAGAUCCUGGAAAACUGGACAAGAAGAUCCGGAAGAAGAAGAAGAAGAAGAGAAGGUUGUCUGAUAUGGGGAAAGCCUCGAAUCAAGGCGAGCUUGAUGCUGAUAUCAACAGUAACAAUCCGCCAUUAAUGGCUGGUGUUUACAAGAAGAAGCACAUAUGUGUGACCUGCAACAAAUCCUUCCCUUCAUAUCAAGCUCUUGGAGGUCACAGGGCGAGCCACAACAAGGUCAAGAGGGUCGGAGCCGAUGCCUUACUUGCAUCAGAAGCAACUGGAUUAGCCAGUGCUCAGGGAUCGAACACAUCGGUCUCUAGCAGCGGAGAUCACCAAUGCAACAUCUGCCGGAAGAGAUUUCCGACGGGACAGGCUCUUGGAGGACAUAAGAGAUGCCAUUGGAUGGGACCAGCUGAGACAGCAGCCUCAUGUUCGAGCCAAGCUACAGAGCUGACGACACAGGAGAUGAAACUGCAGAGAACGGUCUUGAACAUUGACUUGAACGAGCCGCCACCAGAUGAAGAAGAAGAAACAGUAUAGAGAUGUUCCAAGUGAGGUGAUGUCAAAAGGAUUGGUAUGAUGGGCAAAAAAAAAAUGUUGACUUUCUUCAUGAUUCAUUUUUAACUUAUAGUCUGAAACCAAAGGGUACAUGUUGAAUUAAGGUUAGAAAAAACACAGAGAGAGAGAGAGAGAGAGAGAUUUGAUUUUGGAGUUUGGAGAGAAACCCAGUUUGGUUCUUGAUGUUCUUGUUUGGGUUUUUGUCUUGGUUCUUUUGCGUUUAUGCUUUAGUUAACGUAAAAGCAUAGGAGGAUGGUUUUUCUGUUGUGGAAA